AUGUCCACAAUAACCACCAUGGAUCUUUUGUACGGGAUGCUAGCCGCUAUCAUUUACUGGUUUGUGCCACUACCCAAGGUUAAUUGGGCUGUCUACUUUCACGUAUCGGUGGUACCUGAAAAUAAUUACUAUUACAUCAUGUGCGUGCUUCUAUUAUGGCUAUGGCUGAAAACACAUACUGUCAAACAAGAAAGUAUUCUUGCUAUCAAGGAUAUAGGCAUUCAGGUACGGACGGUCUACUGGGGUGGCCGAAGUGUAUCGAAAUUCAUCGAUCAGCAUAAAAUCGAUGACAUUAUCAUCAAUGAAGGCAUCACCAUGUGGCAGAUCAAAUCGUACAUGGCCAUUUUGAUCAAGAAUCAGGAGCGUAUGGUGGUUGUAUUUGAGGUAUUUGUCUUUGGAUACAAUGACUGGAAAUACGCUCGAUAA